GGUUUUAACCGUCAGCCGCGGACGCCUCGCGCAGAAUUCAAUCUGACUGUGGAUAAAAACGGGAUUCUUUUUCUGGAUUUACUCCUUGUCAGGAUGGAUUUGGACUCCAUGAAAUAUGCCGAUCUGCGAAGUCUCGCUAAACAGCUCGGACUGAAAGCAAACAUGAAGGCAAACAAACUCCUGAAGGCUGUAAAACAGCACUACAAGCAGCAGGAGGCGGCGGGGGGGAAGGAUGAUCGCGUCAGUCAUGCCGAUCAGGAUGCAGUCAAAGAAACCUCCAGCCCACGCGUGUUUGUCAACGCGCGUCGGGGGAGAGGACGCAGGGACUCGGGGAAGACCACCAGCGGGGCUGCGGUGACCCCAAAGGCUGCACGGGCUGAUGCUGAACCUGAAGCCUCAUCCUCCAAGACCAGGAGAGCUUCAAAGAGACGAGCGUCCUCUGAGCAGAACUCACCUGAGCCUCAGGAGGAGCUGCAGCCUGACGCCUGCGUGGAAGCACCUGCACGCGUGGAGACAGAACCAGAGCCAAAACCCAAAGUGAGCAAAGCUGGAAAGAUCCCUCGCUAUCGUGGAUCUCAGCAGAAGGCUGCGCUCAAACCGCUCACUCCAAAUUUCAAAAAGCUCCACGAGGCUCAUUUUAAGAAGAUGGAGUCCAUCGACACCUACGUUGAGCGUAAGAAGAGGAAGGUGGACACCCUCAAGAAUCCUGUCAAAGAGCUGAAGCAGAGCAAAAAUGCAGCCGGCUCCAGCAUGUUCAGCCCUCCGUCAGGGAAAAAGCCGGCUGAGGAAAAGAGCAGACACACUUUGCUUUCAGCCAGCAAAGCUCCGUCCAGCAGACCUGCAGGAAGCGCUGCUCCCUUCAGACCGUCUGUGCUCUCCACUCGCAGGAUCAACGUUCGGUUUUCAGAAGCUACUCGCGACAACGAGUUUAAAGGGUCUCUGCUGAAGACGCCGGCACGGAUGUCGCUCUGCCUGGUUUCCUCCACUCCGCAGGCGGCGGCGGGGGCGGGGCCUCACACCGGGAGACCUUCCACGUUCUCCGCUCAGAAAACUCCAAGGACUUUUGUUUUUAACGGAAACACCUCACUCACACCCGGAACGCAGAAGAAGGCGACCUUUGACCUCAAAGCCAGUCUGGCGCGGCCGCUCACGUACAAGCCUCACGCAGGGAAACUGAAGCCGUUUGCUGAAGUCAAAGAAAACGCAGCAGCAAACAAAUCCCUGAACUCCCACCAGGAAAGCUACAAACAACACAAAGUUCAGACCAGGGAGGACCGCAGGACACAGCAGGCGCAGGGACGAAAGCAGAAGAAGGAGAGCAUGCUGGGAGCUCGCAGAGGCCUGGCCAUGAUGUAGGAGCCUCCGCUCUGUCUCUUGUAAAUAUUUCAACUUCUGUACUUUUUUUUUAGCAAAGUAGACGAGCUUCUGCCUCUGCAUUUAUGUGUCCUUCUUGAGUUAUUUAACUGCUUUGCUGCUUUUAAUGUUUUGACGUCAAAGAAAAACUGUUCUUUUUGAGAAAAACACGCUUUAGAUAAAAAAAAA